AUGUUGCCCUUCACCUAUGAACCUGUGGGCGUGGCGGUGUUUUCGGCGUCCCUGCAGCCCUUUACGCAAAGUGACUGUGACAGUCAAGGAUGUAGCCAUAUCUGCGUUGAGGAACAAGUGGCGCCACCUGUCUCUGUGAAGGGGGCUUCACUCUCGCCGCUGAUCAGAAGACCAGCUGCACCCACGACGCUAUGGAAAGGCAUCAUCUACUCCAACCGCAGCGACAUCUGCUCCAUUCCCGUCACCACGAUCAACAGCCAUCCGUACGUUAUGGCGGAGGUCACGUGUUUUGCUUCCGGCGCAAACAUAACCUUCAUUGCUCCAGAUGUCCAGUCGUCUGCAAUUUACUAUUCCUCGGGAAACUCUGUUAUGAAGAAGAUCAUUGGUGCUUCUGUUUCAAUGGUCACAACAACGACCAACGAGAUCACAGGUUUAGUGCUGGACUACACUACAAACACCGUCAUCUGGUCAGAACGGAGCGGAGGCACCAUUGUGGCUCGUGGCACAGCUGCCAACUCAAGGUCAAGGACGUUAUUCGGAGGGUUGGACUCACCUGCAGAUAUCACACUCAACUCUAAAGACCGCAUUCUCUACUGGAUAUCAUCUUUUGGCACUGGCCGGAUAAUGAAGGGGGGCGUAGACGGGGGGUCGGCAUCUGAGAUGGUCGGGGACCUCAGCAGGCAGCCAGUCAGGAUUACGUUUGACCGUCAUAUGAACAGAUUAUACUGGACGGAAUCCGGCCAGGUGGGGACAAUCAGUGCAGACGGGAGCGGGAAGAGGACAUACCCGUCAGACACUCUACAUCAGUACACCGGGGUGACGGUGUUCAAGAACUACCUUCUAUGGGCUGCCAUCGAUAAAGAUGGAGUGAAGAUAAAUGUGUCGGUCAUCAGUGGGGACGGUCUGGAGGCCCAAACACCUUUCAGCGUGCCUGGGAUGACCCACGUGACGGACAUAGUGGCCUACGACACCGACGACAAUCCUGCCGUAAUAAAUCCUUGUGACGCGGACAACGGUGGUUGUGAUCACCUCUGCCUUCCUGUGCAGGACACCUUCAAGUGCUACUGUAACUUCGGCUACAGAUUGCAGUCGAAUCAGAAGACGUGUCGCUCAUUUGUUGUUCAGAAGGACUUCUUCUUGGUGCUGGACGAGACCACCAUGAGGAUCCACCAAGUGGCCGAGGCAGACGGCGCCGUGCAUACCGUCCCCAUUCUGAAAGACAACAACAUCAGUGUCAUCACGUUCGACGUGAAGCUGAGGAAGGUGGUGUGGUACGACGCCAGGAGACACAUCAUCAAGAAGGCGAAUCUGGACGGGUCAGAGGAAGACACUGUCAUCAGUACUGAAACGCAGACUGUGAAGGACAUGGAGAUUGACCCCUCUACAAGCAACAUCUUCUACACUGUGUCGUCCCCCCUCGGCGGCGGGGCAGUAUAUGUUGUUACACAUGAUGGCGUCACGACCAGGACGUUAAGAAGGACCACAGAGAACCCUGGGGCGAUAACUCUCUACCCCAGAUCAGGACUGCUUGUAUGGGCCGAGGGUUCUGUAAUCAAAAUGGCAGACAUGAGCGGAAGUGGCGUAUCAACGUUGAGUCUAUCAGGCCUCACGACAAUCAGCGACCUAAAGAUUGAUCCUGACGGAACAACUUUGUACGUCGCGGACUCCGACGGAGACAAGAUACACAGCAUCAACCUGCAGACUCGAUCACAGAAGGAACUGCGUAAGAACAACCAAGAGUUUCCGGUGGCCCUAGCGGUAAAGGGAGAUAACCUGUACUACAUCGACAGAUCUGGGAGGAGUAUAAAAGCUAUCCACAAGUCUACUGGAGUUGGAAGGUCUCCCGCAUCUGAUGCUGCAGAGUUUGGGUAUCUCAUCUCUCUGUACGACUACAACGACGACGACCGCUUGGUAAACAACAGGUGUCUUGCCAGCAACAGCGACUGCAGCGCGAUAUGUCUGCCCACCACUUCCGACAGGGUGUGCGCAUGUGCAGACGGAACUGACUUGCAAGACGACAGGAAGACAUGUGUUAGAGCCGCCGUGUGUCCUACAUCUAUGAAGAAUGGAGCACUGACACAAGGCUGUAACCCAUAUCCCAGCAGGGUGUGCGGAUAUACGUGUAAUGUCGGAUACAGGUCGAACUUCCCCUCUCGGAUCUCCUGCACGGCGAGUGGACAGUGGAACGUUUCUCAGGAGCUGCUCUGUACAGAGUUAGUAACCCAGCCCAAGUCUUCAAAUACAAGCGCUGUCAUCGGCGGGUGUGUUGCAGCAGUCGUUGUAGUCAUCAUCAUCAUUGCCGUCAUCAUAUACAUCAGAAGGCGAGGAGCUAGCGAACGACAUCCGGGGCUCUCAGCUACGUGGUCCACCGAGCCAAUCAUAACAGUGACCAAGCCAGAGGAGAUGUACGAUGAGAUUGGUCCUUCCGACGAUACAAUGAAUAGAUACAUUUCCUUUCGAAAAAUCAGCCCUAAUCCUGAAAGGAAAAACUUUGCUGACGGCUCUUUGACCGCGAACCCUCUGUACGGAUCGAGUUCUCAAAGAAAAAACUUUGCUGACGGCUCUGAGACCGCGAACCCUCUGUACGGAUCGAGUUCUCAAAGAAAAAACUUUGCUGACGGCUCUGAGAUCGCGAACCCUAUGUACGGCACGAGCAACCGUCUGCCUGUCCCUGCCCCACGUCCCGCGUCCAGCUUCACCCCAAACACUAGGAGACGGAUGAUGAACAACGAGUCCCCCGUCCCCGACUACGACACCCCCCGAUCCGAGUCUGGCUCCUACCUUGACCUUACCAAUUGCCAAGAGACGGGGCCAAGAGCUUAGACCGUUCCAGUUGUCAUGGAGA